AUGGCAUCGUUCGGUCGACUAGCACCGGCGCUACGGCUUCCAGCACGUAACUCGGCUACAUUAUUAGGUCUUUCGCGCCGCACAUUUGUGACGACAAUUCCACGCCUACAUGCGACUCCAGUUGACCCAUCUCCGCGUCCCAAUUCUGCUGAUAUCCCACGUACUGGAACCACUGCCCAAUCCCACCAUCUCAGCCCAUAUAAAAACAAGUCAGCUCUCGAUAAGGCUGCAGAGCUUUUCUUCUUCACAGAGAUCCUCCGUGGAAUGUGGAUUGUGCUCGAGCAAUUUUUCCGGCCACCUUACACCAUCAAGUAUCCGUUCGAGAAAGGCCCACUCAGCCCACGCUUCCGAGGAGAGCAUGCGCUACGUCGAUACCCAUCUGGCGAAGAACGUUGCAUUGCUUGUAAACUCUGUGAAGCGAUUUGCCCUGCCCAGGCUAUUACUAUUGAGUCGGAGGCGCGUGAGGAUGGCUCUAGGAGAACGACCAAAUAUGAUAUUGAUAUGACCAAAUGCAUCUACUGUGGGUUCUGCCAGGAGGCCUGCCCGGUGGACGCAAUUGUUGAAACCCAAAACUUCGAAUACUCGACGGAAACACGAGAAGAGCUACUAUACAACAAAGAGAAGUUGCUGGCCAAUGGUGAUCGCGCUGAAGCUGAGAUCGCUGCGAACUUGCACUGCGCAAUGUUGGAAGAAUUGCAGGGCUCGCGUGGCCUGUAUCUUCUUAACAGUUAA